AUGGCUUCCAAAAGAGCUCUGAUCAUCCUGGCUAAAGGAGCAGAGGAGAUGGAGACCAUCAUCCCUGUAGAUGUCGUGAGACGCACUGGAAUUAAGGUCAUCGUCGCGGGUGUGGCUAGAAAAGACCCCAUACAAUGUAGCCGAGAUGUUGUCAUUUGUCCUGAUGCCAGUCUGGAAGAUGCAAAAAAAGAGGGACCUUAUGACGUGGUGGUUUCGCCAGGAGAUAAUUUGGGUGCACAGAAUUUAUCUGAGUCUGCUGCUGUGAAAGAGAUACUGAAGGAACAAGAGAAGAGGAAGGGCCUCAUAGCCGCUAUCUGUGCAGGUCCUAUGGCUCUGUUUGCUCAUGAAAUAGGUUUUGGAAGCAAAGUUACAACACACCCACUUACGAAAGACAAAAUGAUGAAUGGAAGUCAUUACAGCUACUCGGAGAAUCAUGUGGAACAGGAUGGCCUGAUCCUCAUGAGCCGGGGGCCAGGGACCAGCUUUGAGUUUGCUCUCGCCAUUGUCACGGCGCUGAGCGGCAAGGAGGUGGCCGAGCAGGUGAAGGCCCCGCUGGUCCUUAGAGACUAG